AUGAACAUUUUGUAUUUCUCUUUAUUUAUACUUGUUGGAUCAAUCAUCUCGCUUAUAAAUGCUCAUCAGCAACAUCCACAUGGUCAACAGAUUUCAGUUCAACUUAGUGAAGAAUUAAAUAGCGCUAAUAACAAAUUAAAUGGAAUUUUUGCACAUCCUGAAAUAGAAAAUCGAAAAGUUGUGGUUCUAUCGAUUGCUGGAGCUUAUCGCAAGGGCAAGAGCUUCUUUUUAAACUAUUGCUUGCGGUUUUUGUAUGCAAAUUAUCGAUCAAUUAACACAUUGAACCAACCAUUCGUCAAAAAUCAUAAUUGGUGGGGCAGAGAUGAUGAGCCAUUACUAGGAUUUUCUUGGAAACAUGGAAGUGAUCCAGACACAAAGGGAAUACUUUUCUGGAGUGAUAUCUUCCUUCAUGAAGAAAAUGGAGAAAAGAUUGCAAUAAUUCUAAUGGACACGCAAGGUAUUUUUGGAUUUGAAGCUGACCAUCAACUAGAUGCAAAAGUUUUAGGAAUAACAAACUUCAUUUCAUCUAUACAAAUUCUUAACAUAAAUAAUUUUAUAGAAGAUCAUCAACUUGAGCACUUAAAGUUGGUCACGGAUUUUGCACAAUUAACAACAAACCGGCAAAAUGAAAACUUAUUAACCAGCACCUCCAAGCCAUUUCAAAAGUUGCUAAUUUUAUUCAGAGAUUGGAGUGAUGAAGAAUUCGGAUAUAGAUAUGGACCUGGAUAUGAUGGCGGGGAACUUUAUUUAAAAAGAGUUCUUAACUCGAAAGUUGGAACAAAUCUUAAUGUUCAGGAUGUUCAGGAUCAUAUCAAAGAUUCGUAUGAUAAUAUCGACGCAUUCUUAUUGACAUCUCCUGGAGAAAUCAUCAGUGAUGAAACCUUUGAUGGACGUUGGAAUCUAUUGAAUGAUGAAUUUAAGGUACAAAUUAAAACCUUAAUUGAAUCAAUUCUGUCACCUAAAAAUCUGGCUCUUAAGAAAAUAUUUGACAAGAAAGUAACAGCAAAGGAACUAUUGAAGUACAUUCUGUUAAUAUUUGCAGCUUUUAAAGGUUCAGAUGCUCCGAAAAGUAAAUUUAUUUUUGAUUCUUUUAUUAAACCGGAACUUACUGAGCUGUCUGAACAAGCAGUCAAUGAAUAUAUGAAGAAAAUGAGACAAAGUACUGACCACACUAAUCCAAAUUAUGCUAUCAAGCUUUUAACUGAUCAUAAUCGUAUAAAAAUGGAAGUUAUUGAAAUUUUCAAGAAUGUACCAAAAAUGACGUCUAAAAAUGAGUUUAUUGGACUUAUAAGUCUUAAUAUUGAAAUAGCGUUUUUAAAUUGGAAACCUUCUGUUAAAACUUUACAUGAUCAGUAUAUUGCUCAUAAAAAACAAUUAGAAUAUCAAGCAUGGCAAAGCUUACAAGCAAGAAGAGAAGGAGCAAGAAGAAUUUAUGAAAAAACGCCUCAAUAUCAAUCAUGCAGAUUUUUCACAAUGUAUAUGCACGAUUGUGGAAUGACCAAUAAUGUAAAUUCUGUUACAUAA